CACUGCCUUCUUUUCCUCCAGUGCUCUGUCCCUUCUUUCUCUCAGUUACUCCAGGCUGAGAUCAACAGAGAGGAUGCUGCGCCUCAGCUCCCUGUCCACACUACUCCUUCUGCUUCAACUCUUCCCUCCUCCGCUGGCUGCCCAGGAGGUGCUUGUGCGUCUAGCGGGCGUGGGCCGGCGAGGUGAAAACGAGGGACGUGUGGAGGUGUUCUACAAUGGUGCAUGGGGCACAGUGUGUGAUGACGAGGUGGAUCUAAACCUGGCCAAUGUGCUGUGCAAACAGCUGGGCUUCCAACGGGGCCUCACCUGGGCGCACAGUGCCAAGUUUGGCGAGGGACAAGGCCUGAUCUGGUUGGACAAUGUUCGCUGCAAGGGCACAGAGCUCUCUAUUGCAGAGUGUCGCUCCAAUGGUUGGGGAAUCAAUGACUGCACCCACUCGGAGGACCUGGGUGUUAUAUGCAGUUCACAAAGGAGAAGUGGCAUCCCCGAACCAGCUUCUUCAUCCUCCAGGCGCCAGCCAAGGCCACAGUCUGUGUAUCCUCCAGCUCCACCUUCAGCCCCAGCUUACAUCUCCUCGUCUCCUGCAAGAGGCCACGAGAUCGCACUCAAUCGCUACCCAACUUCCUCACGUCGCAGUUACUUAUCCCCGCAGGAGAACGGCCAUGAGAUCCAGAUCUUGCGAAGAAACCGCGGUGGCUCCAGACCAAUCUUGCAGCCUAGCCCAGCUCUACCUCAAGGGCACCAGCUACCUUCACAUCUGGCAAACUCAGCCUACAGGCAGAGGCAGGAGACAGCGAGGCCCAGUCCACAGACAGUGAGACGGCAGGCAGAGGUAGAGAGGCAGUCCCAAACCCGGAGGAGUGACAGACAUCAGCAGCUCAGUGGGAACCAUGUUGAACCAGAGCCUGUUUAUCCAGACACGGGACUGGAGACUAAUGCACAGUACACACAGGGGUCUGACAGGGUUCACUUAGAGGAGGCUCGACUCCGGCCAGUGCUGUCCAGCAAUAAUGGCAGGAUGGUGACAGAAGGAGUUCUUGAAGUGAAGCAUGCUGGGAAGUGGCGUCAUGUGUGUAGCCAGGGAUGGGAUCUCAGCAGCAGCCGUGUUGUCUGUGGCAUGUUAGGAUUCCCUGCCGCUGAAGCGUUUGACCAAAACGCCUACAGGAAACUGUGGGACUCCAAGUUGGCUGAUCCAUCCUCAAGACUGAGGACACAGAUCAGUAAGAAGGCUUACUGGGUGGAAAAGGUGCAGUGUCAGGGCGUGGAGGUCUCUCUGUCGCAGUGUCAGGCACAGCUUUUGUUGCCCAGGAGUGAUGUCCCAUGCAGGGGUGGCAUGCACGCUGUGGUCCGCUGUGUCCCUGGAUCCCAGUUUGCCCGUUACGGCAGAGCACCUGCACCCCCUGCUGUGCCACCGGUAGUGCGUCUGAAGGCGGGCCCACGGCUCGGGGAAGGUCGCGUUGAGGUGCUGAAGGAGGGGAAGUGGGGCAGCGUGUGUGACCACCUGUGGGACAUUGCUGCAGCUAGCGUGGUCUGCAGAGAGCUUGGCUUUGGGACAGCUAAAGAGGCCCUGACCAGGGCCGGACUGGGACAGGGUACUGGUCCCAUCCACAUGAACAGUGUGCAGUGUACAGGCAGGGAGACGUCGGUUACAGAGUGUCACUUCAGACCAGUGCCGCUUUACACCUGCAAACACAGUCAGGAUGUGGCGGUCCGCUGCAACGUGCCCAACACUGGCCUGCAGGCCCAGGUUCGUCUGGCAGGCGGCAGAGAGCCAUCAGAGGGUCGUGUGGAGGUGCUGAUGGAUGUUGGAGGGGGGAGACGUUGGGGCUCCGUCUGCAGUGAGAACUGGGGCAUCAACGAGGCCAUGGUGGUCUGUCGACAGCUGGGCUUGGGCUUUGCUGCAAGAGCUCAUCAGGAAACCUGGUACUGGCCUGGUUCUUCCGAUGCUAGUGAGGUGGUUCUUAGUGGAGCUCACUGUAGCGGCACCGAGAUGUCUAUCCAGCAGUGUCGCAGGAACACAAAUGUCUACUGUCCCAGAGGAGGAAAUGGCAAGGCUGCAGGAGUCACAUGUGUAGAAACUGCUCCUGACCUUGUGCUGGACGCACAGCUCGUGCAAGAGACAGCCUACCUGGAGGACCGACCCCUGCACCUGCUGACCUGCGCCAAUGAAGAGAACUGCCUGUCCUCCUCUGCGGCCAGGAUGAACUGGCCCUACGGACAUCGCCGCCUGCUACGCUUCUCCUCCCGCAUCAUGAACACGGGACGUGCCGACUUCAGACCCCGUGCAACCAGAGAAAGUUGGACGUGGCACCAGUGUCACAGGCACUACCACAGCAUUGAGGUUUUCACCCACUAUGAUCUGCUGACCCUCAAUGGGACCAAGGUGGCUGAAGGACACAAAGCCAGCUUCUGUCUGGAGGACACCUACUGCCCUGAUGGAAUCCAUAAACAGUAUGCCUGCUACAACAUGGGACAACAGGGAAUCUCUGUUGGCUGCUGGGACACCUACCGCCACGAUAUUGACUGCCAGUGGAUCGACAUCACAGACAUUCGUCCUGGUGAAUACAUCUUCCAGGUGGAAGUCAAUCCUUCCUUAGACAUGGCUGAGUCUGACUUCCAGAACAAUGUGAUGCGUUGUCGCUGCAAGUAUGAUGGAGCACGAGUCUACAUGUUUGGAUGCCAUGCAGGUGAUGCUUACAGCGCAGAGGCGGAGGACUUAUUUGACCACCAACGCCAGAUCUCCAACAACUUCCUGUGAAUAAAGGAAAACGUAGAUUUAAAGACAGAACAACUGAACAAUUCCUCACCCCACCUCAACAUGUCAGGGUAUUGACAUGCCAGUAACUUGAGGGUCGUGAGGGUGGGAGACUAGGAUGGUUUGGGAGGGACUUACUAUCAACAACACCUGUUCCUGUUUGAAAGUCAAAGAAAUAACAGAAGGAUGAAGAGAGGUAAAAUGUUUGGAAAAAAACAAAGCAGAGUUGGCCAUCACAAGCAUCAUGUCACCAUGAUAGACCAUAGAGUAGUUUACAAUUUGAAAAAUGUGUUACAAGUUUAUUUACCUUGAUCAAUACCAAACUAGAGUUUAGAAAGUAAUGACGUGAAGGCACAUGAGAGCAAAACAUCCUUUACUUUUACAGUGUUUCAACUAGCUGUUGUCCAUUUGAUAUAUUGGACAGGCUCUGUACAAGCUUCCUGUGCUUUUGAUGUUCUCAUUACAAAUGCAGUAUUUACUGUUACAACUGUGCGGUUUUGGUUUUGAAUGAUGAUUUUUGUUUUUAUUUCAUGGUGCUAUUUUGCCUUAUUUGAAUAAAUAUUGUAAUGUAUUGCAAAUGUAUUGUCAUGUACAGUUUUAUAUUACCUCUCUGGAAUAUUGUGCUUUAGGUCUAAUUUAUGCAGAAUUUAAAUGUACUUUUGAGUGGAAACUUGUGCCUGUGUGGCUUUGUUUUGUAUUGUCACUUUUAUCAUGAGAAAUAUUUUCACCUGUUUGUUCUUAACCUGUUUACCAAAAGUGACAUCAGAUGAGAUCUGGUUGUACAUUAUCACGCCUUUAACAAUACUUGGUAAUGGUAAUGAAAGAAUAAAGAUCAGAUUGACACACU